AUGUCGCUUUCCCCAUAUGCCGAGAAGGAAGGCCGUGGAACAGAACCCAAGAUUGCGUUAGAGUAUACAGUUCCCACCACCCAGAAGAUGAUGGCGCUGGGCAUAUAUUUCCUUUGCAAUGUGGGCCUUACACUAUACAACAAGGCGUUUCUCGGAUCCCUGCCCUAUCCCUGGCUCCUGACAGCCUUGCACACUGGGUGUGCUUCAGUCGGAUGUUAUAUCUUGUUACUUAGCGGUCGCUUCGAGCUCAAACCCUUAGGUGACCGUGAAGCUUAUAUUUUGUGUGCUUUCUCGCUCUUGUUCACUGUCAAUAUUGCCAUUUCCAACGUGUCUUUAGCUAUGGUAUCGAUACCGUUUCAUCAGGUCGUCCGUGCGACGACUCCACUGAUCACCACUGCAAUGUACCGUGUGUUCUACUCGCGCACGUAUUCUACGCCGACAUAUGUCUCGCUGCUUCCCAUCAUCCUGGGUGUCGGCCUGGCUACUUAUGGAGACUACUCUUUCACGACGGCAGGCUUCUUGAUGACAUUCCUAGGUGUGGUCUUGGGAGCGUUAAAGUCGAUCGUCACAAAUCAGAUCAUGACCGGUAGUCUCAAACUUGCGCCCUUAGAGUUUCUUUUCCGCAUGUCACCGCUUGCUUGUCUUCAGUCCUUCAUCUACGGCGUCUGGUCGGGCGAAGUCUCUAAUCUGAUGGCCGACAUCGCCCCAGUCAGGAACCUCUCUACGACGCAGCGGGUGUACGGAGUGACAGCUUUACUGGUCAUCGUUCUAUGCAAUGGAUUCCUGGCCUUUUGUCUAAACGUGUCCUCCUUCACCACCAACAAACUCGUUGGGGCGCUGACGAUGACCGUGUGCGGCAAUUUAAAACAAUGUAUCACCAUCAUCCUAGCUGUGGUGCUCUUCAACGUCCAAGUCGGCUUCUUCAAUGCUACAGGCCUGGUGAUCACCAUGAUAGGCGUGGCUCUAUAUAGCGCUGUGGAACUGCACUCGAAGAGACAGCGGGCGCAUGCCCCAGGCUCGGUUUGA